GCGUGUGACCAUUGGCCCUCAUGCCUAGAGGAUGCACCAUCCUGAGGAUUCGGGAGACAAACCCCUGCCAGAAGGGGCAAGGCUCCCAGAGCUGAAACUCCGUCUGCUGAGGACUCGGGGUCUAUGGCAGAUCCCCCACCUGGAUGCCAGGAGCUCCCUAGACAUUCUGGCCCUGCAGCCCCCAGGGAGUUUCCUAGUCACGGGGUUUGGCCUGAGCCUGGCCUUAACCAUGAAUACAGACCCCCACCCUGAGGCUGUGGGAACCUUCCGGAUUCUGGAGACCCCUUCGGGCCUGUCCCUUCAAGGCUCCCAGCUCAGCUUCCCAGAUCUGCCUGAACUCCUGGCAUUUCUCUCCACCAGCAGGGACAUCCUGCCCCAGCCCCUGCUCCUCCCUCCCAGAGCCCUUGGGCCUGGAACCACCCUCACAGAACCGCUCCAGAUUGGCCUGGCCCAGAUCGCCUCCACCCAAGGGGCCCUGUCAGUGGUGAAUCCUCUGUACCUGAGGGACCAUGGUCCGUGGGGACCCCGGGAGGAGGACGCCUCCGAGACAGCCCAGAAGGACACCCUGGCCCCUCAACAGCUGAGUCCUCACCGGGUCUCCUGGAUCGAGGGUCCUCCCAGUCCUGAGACCGAGCCAGAGGCCUGGUCCCUUUACAGCCUGGAGGAAGGGGAGGCCGAGCCGGUGGGGGAGCCCCCGAGGGAGGCUGAAGAGGCCGAGGAGGAGGGGGAGGAGGACCCGGAGCCCGAGGAUGGGGUGUACCACAGAGUGCGGUCUCUAGCCCGGGCUCGGGGCGGGUUUGUGGCCAAGCAGCAUCGCGCCCUUCAGGCCAGGCUCCGGGAAGCCCCGAGUGGUCCCCAGGGGCCCGAGGCUGGGGGAGAUCCGGCCACUGAACUUCUGCAGGACGUUCGUCGUCUCCUCACUGACCUCAAGGAGCACCUGGUGAGGGACCCAGAGGUCCAGGCUGCCUACAGGGCCAGAAGCGCACCACCCACCGGGGCCCCCGAGGAUCUAGAAGCUGUGGUGGAGGCCGCUAUGUGCUGGGUGGUGCUGAGGCCUCUCCAGCCGCUCCUGUGGACCAAACUCCGCUUGCUCAGGGCCCGGCACCUUCAGCAGCUCCAGUGGCGUCAGGAGGUGAUGCGGGCCAGGGCACUUCAGGAAGCCCGAGGCCCGGGAGCUGGGGUGCUGCAGUCCCCAGAAGCUCCCGUCCCCAGCCUGACCAGGCGUCGCAUCCAUGCCCGCCUGGCUCGCCUGCACACCGCCUGGACUCCUCACCGCAAGGCGGCCCUUCUGCUGGCCAUCUGCCGGGACGUCUACGAGAGCCUGGGCCAGGGCGGGAGCAAGGAACCCCUGGGGGCCGAUGACUUCUUGCCGGCUCUGACGGAGGAGCUCCUGUGGAGUCCAGACAUCGAGGCCACCCAGCUGGACGUGGAGUUCCUGAUGGAGAUUCUGGACCCUGCGGAGCUGCUGGGGGAAACCGGCUACUACCUUACCACUUGGUUCGGGGCCCUUCACCACAUAGCCCACUUCCAGCCAGCGGCCUCCGGGCCAGCCCCGAAGGGCCUCAGCUAUGAGGCCAGGGCCUCCAUCCGACUUUGGCAGCGCCGGCGGACACUCCACGCCUCGGGCCGUACGGGGGCCAGCCCAUCCAUGCAACUGGAGAAACCUUGGGGAAGUCUGGAAGAGGAAAAACCAGGAGCUGAGAGUCGCCGUCUGCCAGCGGCAGCCUCCUCCCUUCCUGCCAGUGUGACCGGUGACCCUUGACAGCGGAGCCAGCAAUCACGACACAGACGGGGCCCCGUCUCCGGCCUGCCCAGCCUGGCCUUCCCUCACCUCGACCCCACCAGAAACAAGAA